CAGCAUCACUUAAGUAGAAGUUACAUCAUCAUCAUCAUCAUCCUCUCCUAGGAUAGAGUCGCAUCGCUAUCCACAUCACCAGUGCGUGACGGUCCGCGUCGGCAUAAAAACACCGAUCUCCGUUAUUGAUCAGUUUGGCUAUAUAUUGACAAUAUGUCAGAUUGCAGGAGGCAGUGGAACCGGGAGGAUGAACUGCCGGUGUACUUGGCGGGACCUAUUACAACCGGACCGAACCAACGGAAAUCCUACGGGAUGUUUACCUCUGCAGAGGGCGCGUGCGACAGUACGACCAAAGACUAUGAUAACUGUGCGGCGGGGAGAAGAGGAACCAGGACUCCCAGGAGCUUCAGCAGGGACAGGCUCCUCGACUACGCUGAGAAUCCCGUCCCUGAGGCAGCUAGUGAGGCCAGUGAAGUCCAGGGUUGUGGUUCUCUGGUCAACUCACCCGGGGAGAGUGAAGAUGGGAGGCAGGGUGUGGCAACGGCAUGCCCGUCUGGAGGGCAGUGCCAGUCUAGUCAGGAGCAAGGAAAGAAUGGCUUGCUGAUAAGAGGAGGUCGUGUGGUGAAUGACGAUCGGUCAGAGUUUGCUGAUGUCUACGUGGAACACGGACUGAUCAAGGAUGUAGGUGUGAACCUAACUGUCCCAGAUGACGUGAGGGUCCUGGAGGCUAACGGAGCCAUGGUGAUCCCGGGGGGGAUAGACGUCAACACCUGUCUGCUGAAGCCGCACCUAGGCUGCCCCCCUGUGGAUGACUUCUUCCUGGGCACGAAGGCCGCGCUGGCUGGGGGGACCACCAUGAUCAUUGACCAUGUAGUGCCCCAGCCCGGAGACAGUCUGCUGGAGGCCUUUGAGCGCUGGCAGGCGUCAGCGGACAGGAAGUGUUGCUGUGACUACUCGCUGCACGUCGAUCUGCCAAACUGGAACGCGGGGGUCCAGGACGAGCUGGAGGUUCUGGUGCAGGAGAAAGGGAUCAACUCGUUCCAGGUGUAUAUGGCUUAUAAGGACAUGUUUCAGAUGACUGACUCUCAGUUGUAUGAGGCGUUCUCGUUCCUGAAAGACCUGGGGGCUGUGGUGAUGGUGCACGCGGAGAAUGGGGACCUCAUAGCCCAGGAGCAGAGUAAAAUCCUCAGCAUGGGAAUAACUGGACCUGAGGGCCACCCUCUGAGUCGCCCUGAAGAGCUGGAGGCGGAGGCAGUGUUCCGUGCCAUCACUCUUGGCAACAGAGUCAACUGUCCAGUCUACAUCACCAAGGUGAUGAGCAAGACCGCCGCUGACACCAUUACUCAGGCCAGGAGGAAAGGUUCUGUUGUGUUUGGUGAGCCAAUCACAGCCAGCCUAGCCACAGAUGGAUCACACUACUGGAGCAAGAACUGGGCCAAGGCUGCUGCCUACGUGACCUCUCCACCCCUCAGCCCUGACCCCACGACCCCAGAUCACCUACACAGUCUGCUGGCCUGUGGGGACUUGCAGGUGGUGGGCAGCGCUCACUGCGCUUACAGCACGUCCCAGAAGGCCAUUGGAAAAGACAACUUCACCCUGAUCCCAGAAGGAACCAACGGCGUCGAGGAGAGAAUGGGCUUCGUCUGGGACAAGGCUGUGGCAAUGGGCAAAAUGGAUGAGAACCAGUUUGUGGCGGUGACCAGCACCAACUCAGCUAAGAUCUUCAACCUGUAUCCCCGGAAAGGACGCAUCGCUGUGGGUUCGGACGCAGACAUCGUCAUCUGGGACCCAGACAGAACAAAAACCAUCACUUCAAAAAUACAACAGUCGGCUGUGGAAUAUAACAUCUUUGAGGGGAUGGAGUGUCGGGGGGGUCCGGUUGCCGUGGUGAGUCAGGGAAGGGUAGUCUACGAGGAGGGGGAGGGGCUACAGGUCCAGCAGGGUUCAGGACGAUUCAUUCCUCGCCAAGCCUUCCCUGACCACGUCUACCAGCGCAUCCGGACAAGGAACAAGGUCAAAGGGCGUCAAGGUGUGACUCGUGGGAUGUAUGAUGGUCCAGUGUACGACGUCCCGGCCAUGCCCAAAUACAUUACCCCAUCCCCCUCGGCAAAGACCUCACCCACCUCCCAUCAGCCCCCACCAAUCAGGAACCUCCACCAAUCCAACUUCAGCCUGUCAGGGGCUCAGUUGGAUGACAAUGUCCCCCGGCGUUCUGGCCAUCGCAUCGUAGCCCCCCCUGGUGGUCGGUCCAACAUCACCAGCCUGGGAUGAUCUUCUGGGAACACCACCUUGUCUGUGUGUGUAUGUGUGUGUAUGUCUCUGUGUGUGUGUGUAUGUGUGUGUCUGUGUGUAUGUGUGUGUGUGUGUCUGCGUGUAUUUGUUCACGUUUUACUUACCUGGAUGGUAUCAAACACCUGUAAAGGGAUAGUAAAACAAGGAGGAAUUGACCUUUUUGAAUUGACCAUAGGGACACGGUCAUUCUUAACUUCUCUUUGAGGUUCUCUUUGAGGUUCUCUUUGAGGUUCUCUUUGAGGUUCCUCUGUAGAAAAGGGUGGUUAUUUUCCAUUCUAAAAGACAGUUUAUCUCUCACUCCAUGCCAGCUUUUCACUAAAACCCGAGAGGGGUUAGACAUUUUGUUUAAACGGGAAAUUCCAGUAAAUAAUGGUGUUGUACAAGUAUAGUCCAGCCGUGUUUGACCCUGAUUGUGAUGUCAUGUUUGACCCCGUUGAUAGACAGAUACGAAACCAGUGUGAUGUCAUGAUGCUUCACUGUUUUUUACCUGUGAGCAUGUCUUCUUCUUUGUCUUCUAUUUUUCUUCUUCUAUCCUGUCUCCUUGGACUUGAUGCUCCUCAUACCCCCUCUAGUGGUCAGUUGUGGAAACGCUGGAUUCUUUCUCACCAAGUUUUGGCAACUUUGUGAUGUGUUUUUAGUCAGGAUGGCUCCACGUGAGUUCGUAACUCAAUGCAUGUUUGCACAUGUUUUUAGAUGUUUCAUCCAGUUCCUGGUACCUCCUGAGUUUCUAAUGAAAAACAUCUUUCUUUCACAUUUGGCAUAUUUUUUACUGCACAUCAGUAUAUUAUUUAAAUGGUAAAUGAUUUUGGACAUGUCCAAAUGAAUCCCUGUAGACAAUCAGCCACUGAGAGCUUAAUGUCAAACCACAGUAUUCAGACUGUUAACACACUGGCAAUAAUAUUAUCACUGUCAACACGUGACACAAUUGAUUUGCAAACGUAUCAAUAAAACAUUAACAACUAUUAUAAUUGUGUGAUCAGAGAAAGGCAACUGAUGACUUGAUCAAUUAAAGUGGUGUUCUAAAGAACAAUAAAAAAAAAAUGGUAUGUGUGUCUGUUCAACAAAACACUGCAGUGUGAAUAUCUAGGUCAGAAGAGGAAUGCUAGGUGUUACUGGAUCUACAGAUGACAUUAUAUCUCUGUUGAACUGAAUUCACCCAAGAGGAAGAUCUUUUUUUGUGAUGAGAUGUUCAUCUCUGCUGUAGAAGGGCUUCAGAUCCUACUCUGUUGGUUAUAGUAUUCCUUUGACUGCUGACCAUGUCUCUCGAUGUUAUUGUUACUGUUUUACUUGGUUAUGGUGUUUUUAGUGUUUUAAACACUGAUCCAAAAUCUGAGUAGCCUGGUUCUACAUCGAUUCAGGCUAUAAUCUGAGACCUCCGGGUCAGAGACGUUUAUUUCUGUAUCGGUUGAAUCCUGGACGAUCUCUGUCCUGUUGUCUGGUGUCUCUGAUGGAAUCACUCCUCAUCAAUAAUCACUUGACUGUUGUGAAAUAAACAACUGAAAUCACACAAGAA